AUGGAGAAAGCCACAGCUGCUUCAGAAGUGAAGGGAGGCGAGGUUCGAAAAUCCGACUAUUCGCAGAACAGAAAGAGUCGCUCUCCUCGUCCUUCUCCUCAGGGUCCCUCAUCUCCGAACAAACCUUGCAAAGCCACAGAUCUUCUGCCCGCUGAUGAAGUUCCUUCUGGGUGGACUGCAGGGGAGUCGAGCGUAUGGCUGGCAUUCUUGUGCAGCUGUUUAGUUGGAUAUCUGUGUCUUUCCGACGGAGAAAUAUCUGCCCUUCUAACACUUUCAGCAGCCUUUUACACGCUAUCGAUCUUUUUCCUCGUGUCCAAUGCCCGUGUCUGCUCUAUAACUACGCAGGCUUUCUGCAAGUGGCACAGUGCUUCAGGGGCGGCACAGCCUCAAUCCGCGAGCUCUUCUUCCGAGUCGCUCCAAUUAUUUUCUAUUUCUCAUCUUUUGUGUGGAGGGUGUAUGCGUCCUGGAAGUGCUGGACUCUUCGCGAUCGCUCUUCUUGCUCGAGUCGCCUGCAAUCUCCGCCGUCCUGCUUACCUGCCCAACGAUCGGACAGGCGACUGGCUGUACCAGACUCUGGAGGUCUUGUCUGCGCUUCUGCUGCUGCUGCUCGUGGGUGUUGUCUCUGCUAAUUCUCGUUUCUGUCGAGAUUUCGCAAAGCAAACAAAAGGCGCUACUUCCCAGGCCGACGGCAACGACCAAACGGAAGGAAAGCUCGCGGAAACAACCUUCAUUUCUGGGUGCCAUUUUGCCCUGGUGACAGCUGUGGCUUGUGGGCUCGUCCUCAAGCACGACAUGAAUGAAAGUUUCUUCGAUGAUUUUGCGUGGGCAUUCGCUCUGUACGCUGAGACUUUGGCGUUCAUUCCUUUCAUCUCGCACCAGCCAUUUGUGAUUUCUGAGCAGAAGGCGGGUGCCUGCGCGAAGAAGGAACAAACGUCCUCCUUGACACCUGAGGGGAAGCAGCUCGUUGACUAUCGAUAUCGGAAGAACCCCGUUCUCGCUCGCAGGCUCUGGAGACAGUUCCUCUUUGCCCUUGUUAUUUCACGCGCGAUUCAAAUGGUCUUCUGGGCGGUAACGUUCGAGGAAUUCGCUCGAGAGAUGGACAUGGACGCGGUUUCUGAGCGGCUGACAGAGCAGAGCGGCGAUUUGUCGCAGGAGUUCAAAAACAAUACGCUCGACAGACAAGGAGUACCCGGCUCCUCUGCCGCUACUCUGAAUAUCCGUGGCUGGUGUAGUCUCGUUGCGACAGUAGCACAGUUGUGCUUUUCUCUCUAUCUCAUGAAGGUGUACUGCUUCACCCAGGGUCAGCUAGAACGGGAGUAUUUCGACAAUCGAAAGAAUACCUCGGAGAGAAAAGACAAGACAGAAACUUCCUCCUGCGCAGCGAUUGGGACAAGUGCGUCAUCCACCGCAGACGCCGCGGGCGAAGAUGAAGUAAAACCCCGCAGUUUGGUUCGCAAGCGCUUUGUGCCGUCACCCAAGUGA